AAUGGUAGUAUUCUUAGUAGCCAUACAUUGCUGCCAAGUAAUGUUUUGUUUUCUUUUUAGGGCCAACAUUUCACUUGAGAAGCCUAAGGAGGAGCUGAAGUCAAGAAAUACUGUGGUGAAGGAUGAUAAUUUUAGAACCUCAAACUCACCUAAUUUGCAUAGUCAAGCAACUGUGUAUGCAAAGUUAGCCGAAUCUGAUGCUGUGAAGACCGGCUCUUUGAAGAGCAGUGCAGAGCAAGAAAACCUUAAAGAUGAAAGUGGUCUUUUCGUUGUCCUCCCAAUUUCAGCUGAAAGCACCGGGAUGCUACCAAGUCGCAAAGCUGCCCCCUGUGUAGAACCGCCCCUGCCUCCUCUACCCCUACCAAGCUUUGGUGCGUUCGGUCUCUGCUUCGUGUAACAGAGCCAUCACAGACUCAGAGACAAGCUGGGACUUUCUUCGAGCACCUGGUGUGCAUACAAGGGGUUGCUCCGCAGCUGUCCAAGGGGUCGUCCAUAGAGUCCACAACCAAAUUUCAGGCAUUCCAAGGGCUCUUGUCCCAACGUGUGUCCGCCCACCACCCAACAACUCUAACGCAUCUUCCCACGACGACACAACAAUCGCAGGUCCAAAAGGCCGACGCAGCUCUGAGACGAUUCAAGCGGGUUCGACCCUCCUCUGCCAUUGGCUUGCAUCGUUGAGACUAUCCAACUCCACAAUACAGAGGAGUAGGACGAGCGAGCAUUCAGAGCAAGUUGAAGAAAGCGUGCGUAGUUUUUUUCCCUUCUUUUAACAUGUUACCCAAAACAGCCGGUUCCCAUUGUUUUUAAAAAACAUCACGCUUGUCAUGUAGUGGCAGAUCUAGGAUUUG